UAAAUUUCUGUCGUUUGUGCUGCAAUUUCUAUGCUCGCGUGUUUUUUUUCGCAAAUUUAAAAACGAAAAAAUGCAAAUGUUGCGCGUAAACAAUAAAUAGCUGCUGUUGCUGUACAAUACAUUAAAAUACUAUUGCCGUGUCAGGUUCAGCAACAGGGUUCAGCUAUAUGAGAACCAUGACAAAAGACUACGAUUAUCUGUUAAAGGUGCUUCUGGUGGGGGACAGCGAUGUGGGUAAACAUGAAAUACUCUCUAAUCUUGAGGAUCCCUCAACCGAGAGCCCCUUCUGCAGUGGCAAUGAUUGCACCUCUCACAUAUUGCAAACGGUAGCGUACAAAACGACAACAAUAUUGCUGGAGGGCAAGCGGGUUAAGCUACAGAUUUGGGAUACCUCCGGCCAGGGGCGUUUCUGCACCAUAAUACGUUCGUAUUCGCGCGGUGCCCAGGGUAUUAUAUUAGUGUAUGAUAUAACAAACAAAUGGAGCUUCGACGGCAUCGAUCGCUGGCUCAAAGAGGUCGAGGAGCAUGCGCCCGGCAUACCCAAAGUGCUUGUGGGCAAUCGCUUGCAUUUGGCCUACAAACGUCAGGUGGCCGCCAAACAGGCGGAGACCUACGCAUCUCGCAAUAAUAUGUCCUGCUUUGAGAUAUCGCCACUCUGCGAUUUCAAUAUACGCGAAUCUUUCUGCGAAUUGGCGCGCAUGGCGCUGCAUCGCAAUGGCAUGGAGCACAUUUGGCGCAGCAACAAGGUGCUGUCGCUGCAGGAGCUCUGCUGUCGGACAAUUGUGCGUCGCACAAGUGUUUAUGCUAUAGAUUCGUUGCACCUGCCGCCCUCCGUUAAAUCGACACUCAAGUCGUAUGCCAUGACGACGUCACAGUGCUACAAUUCGUUAACGCAAAACUCAAAGAGCCGGAAUCGAUGCAAGACGCCAACCAGCCACAGUCGCAACAGUUGUGCGAUCGCGUGAUUGCUAGCUUGUAGGUGGUUUCUGGAACUGCCUACGCACCAGCUGCGCAAUUGCGCGUAAAUCUACAACCUACUUACUUCCUAAGCUUCAACAUAUGUACACACAAAAACACACACACUCACACAAACUCACACUAUAACAUGCGCGAGUAUUUUCUUCGAUACAAAUAUGUCAUCAGCAUUAAUAUUUAUUAUCGUUUGAGAGCGAUGGUUAUAUUUUUACAUCCUAUACAUACUACUUAUUAUAAAAAUGCUAUAUAUGUAUGUAAUUAUUAUAUACAUAUACUAUACGAUAUACAUAUAUAUAUUUUUUUUAUUUUUUAUAAUGAUUACCAUUAUCACUAAAUUUAAUAACGCAUAAUUGUAAUGUUGUUAAUAUUAUUAUUAUAUUUGUAUAAUCUAAUACGCUGGAUAUAGUAUACACUGAUACAAGGUAUUCCUUUUCUAUUUUUUUUUUAAUUUUCAUUUUUGUUAACAAUUAAUAUUCGUAGAAAUUUAUGUAAUUAAAAGAAGGCGUUGGAACAAACAAAUUGCUAAGAUGAUGAUUAUAAUAAUGAUGAUACUGAUGAUGAUGAUGAUGAUAAACAUGAAAAACAACUAAAACUAUAAACCA